UUGGAGCUGUAUGGGUUUAAAGGUGUUAGUCUAAAUCUUUUCCGAGACUACCUCUCAGAUAGAACUCAGGUUACAGUUAUAAACAACGUAAAUUCCGAAACUAGCUUCAUAAGUUGUGGGGCCUACUAUUUCUAUUAUACAUCAAUGAUCUCCCUAACUGUAACCUUCUAUCGGAUGUGAGAAUGUAA